UUAUUUUGUUAUUAUUUAGCUUUUGUAUAUACCAAUAUAUACAUACUGGUAGAAUGCAUUUUAAAUAUAUGAUUUGCUUUCUAUAGGUUCAAAGGCUUCGAGUAAGCUGUGCUCAUACAAUUUGUUCAUGCUGAAUCAUAAAACCACAUCCAGAUUCACAUCAUUUUGAAUACUGUAUUAAUAAGCAGAUGAGAUGAAUAUGGUUGAUUUUAUGUCUUGAUUUCCCCUCAUCUGGUUUCCCGUCUCCUGAUGCUGCAGGGCAGAUAUAAUGAGCAGUAUGCAAUGCACCUUUCAACAACGUGUUAUAAAGAGCAGCGCGUUACAUAACGGCAGCAUAACUGCCAAACUCUGUGUUCUGCCUGAGAGAGAAGGAGAGGAGCGAGAGCUCAAGGGCACUGCAGUGUGUUCAGAUUCACCCUGAUAAAAAAGGAGGGAGAAAAAAAGAGAGUUAUUCAUAGAGAUUGAGGAAAGAGGGGGAGGGACGGAAAGGAGGAGGUAUUGAUUUGCUCAGAGGGAGGACGGGAGAGAUGGUGAAAGGCAGUCGAAUGGAGAAAGCAAGUGAGGAGAGAUGACAGACAGAUUCUGAUUUAGAUCACAAUAAUUCCACUUUCUUAAAGGAACAGAAAGUCUAAAAUUAUAUAUAUAUAUAUAUUAUUUUGAGGCUGUGUGUUUGUACAUAAUUACAUGUUUUUUCUUCUGUAAUGCAACUGGAAUAAAAUAAUAUAUAUAUGAUAUAUUUUAAAAUGGUAAUUUAUACAAUUCUGCAUGCUUGUUUCUAUAUGACAGCUCAUAGUCCAUUUCUGUUAAGAUCUAAAAAAGACAAAAAGAAAGCACAAUUGUGCAUAAUUUUAUAUAUAUAUAUAUAUAUAUUACAUUGUUUUCAGAAAUGUUUUUGUGAAUGCAUAUUUUAUUCCAUUUGCAUGAAAAAGGAAGCAGACAUUCCAGAACUGUAAACGUAACCAAACAUAAUAAAUAAUUUAGUUCCUUUUUUUUUUUUUUUUUUUAAAUAUUCAGAACCAUUUAUCGAUUCCCAACCCUAGAAGUAAGUGAGGAAAGGAAACCCUUAGUGAGGAUAAGGAGGAAAUCUUGAGCACCUGUGUCUCUGUGAUAUUCUCUCUCUCUCAUCUGCAUACAUUAAUAUCAGUUAAUGCCGUGUUUUUAUUGCCAUCUAUGAGCUCUGCUAUGCAUUAAACCAGCCGUGUAUUAGCAGUCAGCCAUUUUCCUGCACAUCUCUUCUCCCAUGAACGACUCUACGGGGACGACGGAAGGGCAGUCUGGUGCCGCUUGAUGCUGGUUCAUUACCCGAGUGUGCUCUCACAACCCCAUUCUCCACCCUUCAUCAGCCGCGAUUUGCAUAUCCAUUCUUCCUACCUCCUUCAUUUGCCUUUCCUUCACUGAGAAUGGCAAGCGGGCAUUCCACUGACAAAUUCAGUUUUCUGUACCCAACAGACACCAGUCAGAACGUUAAGAGUAAGAACAGGCUGUCUUCCACCAUGAACCCGGUGUACAGUCCAGUGCAGCCGGGAACCCCGUACGGAAACCCCAAGAAUAUGGCAUACACAGGUUAUCCUGGAGGUUAUCCUACGACUGCCCCGACCUACACAGCCAACCUUUAUCAGACAGGUAGCCCGGGAUACCCACCAGUGCUGCUGGUGAAGCAGGCCUGGCCCCAGACGGCAUCUGCUCCGGGGCCCGCAGAAGGCUCCUAUGACCUGGCCAUGGACGCUGGCUCAGAGAGCAGGCAGUACCAGGCCUCAUCUACAGCAUUCAGAUAUACUGCAGGAACGCCUUAUAAAGUGCCCCCUACUCAGACCAACGGAGCCCCUCCGCCCUAUUCCCCAUCUCCUAACCCCUACCCAACGGCCAUGUACCCAAUUAGAAGUGCCUAUCCCCAGCAGAACCUCUAUGCUCAGGGUGCUUAUUACACGCAGCCAGUGUACGCCGCCCAGCCUCAUGUAAUCCACCACACCACCGUGGUCCAGCCCAACAGCAUCCCCUCCGCCAUCUACCCCGCUCCUGUACCCGCGCCCCGCUCCAACGGCAUGGCCAUGGGCAUGGUGGCCGGAACAACGAUGGCCAUGUCUGCUGCUACUGAUAUGCGACUCUUCUACUUCAAUGGAACGCUGCUGACCACCCCUCAGCACACUCAGAUCGGAGGACACCCCGUCACCGUGCCAACGUACCGACCCCAAGGAACACCUGGGUACAGCUACGUGCCACCUCACUGGUAGAGCCCACCUGCCAAUCAUAUCUGGAGUCAAACAUUGUAUGCAACUACUCAAGUCUUACAUCGGCGCUCUGUGCUCAACAGUGAGGCGCCACGUCUGUUUGCAAGAACAAAAAGAGAAAAAAGUGCAAGGGUCACUUUAUGCAUUCUUACGUGUUUUUGUAAAAGCUGCUUUUUUAUCUUUUUAUUUAAUUUUGAUUUUUGAUUUUUUUUUUUUUUUUUUCUCAUUUUUUUGGGAUGAUGUUCUUGCAUUAGGUUAUUUUAAUUCUUCAUUAUUCCAUAGUUAUUCUAUAAGAACUCCAGAAUGAUUUCGACCAAUCACGGCCCGUCUUUGUGUUCAGUAUAAACGCUGGUGUGUAGGAAUGUACCAACGCAAUAUCAGCACCACUCGGAUCAUAAUCAUCCACUUAUGCUGCCAAAUUUGAUAACCUUUAGAUAUUAGCACAGGGUUCGUUUUCUUUUAUUUAUUUACAGCAGAGUUUCAUUUCAGCCUUCCCAAAGCGCUUGGGAAUCGUUCAAGGAAAUUUCAUUUCUCCCUCAUUUCGUUCUGUCAUCGAUAACAAGGGUGUCUUCCAGCUUGUAGCUGUUCAUGUAGAUUUGUAAGGAAUAUAUCAUUAGUAGGGCAGUGCAAACGUGGUUUAACCUUCAUUAGGAUAUCGAGUACAUACAGUAAUCUUAGUUAUUCACUAAAUAGAGAACGUUUGAGUGAGCCGGUUACUUUAUUAGCUUAUGUGUCAGGAUAGCGUAAGCUUUGAAACUAUAACGUGUAUAUGCGAUUUAUAAAAAUGUGCGCGCAUGGGUGCUCUUGCGGCAUGCGCUCACGGUGAAUAUUGAGGGAAAAAAAUGUAUCAGUGGCACUUAGCUGGAGCCUCUGUGUGCGAUGUCGUCCCAUGGGCAUCGAAACGUGUGCCAACUUUGAGGCCAGACAGGACGGACGCUACUCUGACGGAACGAUUAGGAUCGCAUCCAAUUCAAAGGGACUUUGCGGCAUCGUAGAUAGCACUAAAAGCAAAAAAAUAAAUAAAAAAAUCAUUUCCAAUCAGCUCCGGGUCUAGAGUGGGUCUGACCCCUGGUCCUCUGUGAAUCCUUGGGCCUUUAGGCCCGUAGUUGCACAGAUUUUAGGCGUAGGAACGGAGUUGUUCAAUGCAAUAAUACGAACGGCCUGCUUGAAUGGCUUUUAAUUGUAAUUUACAGCAUUUUUAGAGAGAUAAAGAGAGAAUUUUGAUUUCCUAUCCCAAGGCCUCGCCUGUAUCCAUGAAUAGUGUACUCUGAAGUGACAUAUCAAGUAUUCUAUGAAAUCUUAUCAUACCGAAGCAUUGCACAUUGACAAAUAGACGUAACUUAAUAACCAAUUAUACGGUACACUCUCAUAUUUAAUGAUGUAAUUAAGAAAAUCAAGCAUUUACUCUGCAAACCAUUAGUCUUGGUAAUGUCUCUGGAAGUAAUAUUAUUGUCAGUACAGAACAGUAUCACUCUUUUCGUUGUUUUGUUGGCUAAGCGACCACUAUUGCGAUAUAUAGUACACUCAAAAGUGGGAAGAAGCGAUUCUCUGAUCUUAUGUGAAAGUCAUAACGUCUAGUAAUGCAUGUGUCAUGCGGGUGAAUGCAGUAUAGUGUAAUCAGAUGGAAACUAUGCCCUUGCGAAGCAUGGUUGCAUCAUGUUGAAUUGCAGCUUAUGGAUUGCUUUUAAUAAUACAUUUACAUUACAGCACAUUCCCUUUGGUAUUUUUCGUUAAAGUACAGGGAGAGAGUGAGAGCGCAGAAUGAGUCAUGAAUCACAUGGAAUAUGUUUAUGUGUAUGUGUAUAUAUAUAUAUAUAUAUAUAUAAAUCACAUGAAUUAAGUGAAGCCUCUUUUUUUGCUUUUUUUUUUCUGAAUAAUUUUUCCACAAAUUCUCAUUACUGUAAAACAUCCUGUAGUUUUUUUAAUGGUUAUUUGUAUUACUCUAAAUAGCGGUUCUUUUUAGAAUCUCUGCAAUAUUGUAUUUUUUUUUUUUUUUUUUUUUUUACAUCAACAAAGCCAGUACAACAAAUAUUACCAUGAUUCAUGGAUAAUUUAUCUAAAUUCCAAGAGGAAAUUGUCAUGAAAAUAAUAAUAAUAAUAAUUUAAAAAAUCUAAAAUAGGCUUCAUUUUCUUUAUGCAAAAAAAAUAAUUAUUAUUUAUAUAUAUGUUCUUGACAGGUUCCAUGAGAUUCAUCUGAAAAUGACUGUAACUUCAUUGCAGUAUAAUCGUUUUCCUGCUGUUUGGCAAAAGCGAGUCAAAAGACCUUUGGUAUAUGUAAUAUUUGUCUAACGAUGGAAUUUUAUUCACAUGGUGUCAUCAAUAAGCAAUGCAAAAAUCAGUCAAACCAGCUCAUUUGUUGAUUAUUGAAUGAGAAUCUUGUAAUUCACAGCAUGUUCACAUACUCUUGUCUCUGUUUUGAUGACACAUGAUGACAUUUUCCUGCGCUCUCUGCCCUACUCUUUACUUUUCUGGUCUUAUACAGUAUUAUAUCAAGCAGUGAACUAUAUUUUCUGUCUUUGCAUAAGUUUGCAUCACAAGACUUGAUUGAUGCAUUUAAUCACUGUAGUCGACAUAUGACACUCUGAACUCUAGGACUAGAGUUACACUGCAAAAUGAAUAAAGGGUUUUGAUUCCGAAAUAGAGGACGUUACCAUCCACUCUGACAUGUAAUUUAGGCGCUUUUUACGUAAGUGUUAUUUAAAGUUUUAAUUAAUGAUUGAUGUUCAUUUUUCUUAAAUAGGAGAUCUUUACAGUUGAUCUGGAGUGGAGUGAUACAGUCCAUGUGGUUGAGAGGCAUUUCAGAGCACAAGUCUUCAAAGGGUUUCCUCUUCCUCUACAUGCAUUUCCCCAAUCUGUCUUUCUCUUCUUCUUCUUUUCUUUUCUUUUCUUUUCUUUUCAAGGAGGAUAGAGGUCAGCGAUUCUGCAGCUACGGUUAAAAAUUAGAUAUGAGCAAAUAUGUUGAAGGACAUUUUAAUGCAGGGUCAUCAUCAUGAAUUUAAAGGGACAGAUCAUCCAAAAAUGAAACAUUGUGAGAAAAAAAAAAAAGUCAAAAUGAUAACAGAACUUCAAUUUUUGGAUGAAUUAUUCCUUUAAUCCUAAACAGUUGAAUCAAUUCUCCGAUGUUUUCCUGCUCGCCACACAUUAAUCCAGUGAGGGUUUUCGAUGCGUGUCUCCCAUUUUAAACUAAACGGAUCCAUUUUCCGUGUGAAAUCAGGUGGUCUUUUCCGGGUCGUGGUGUGGAAGAGGCUUUGGUUUCCUGUUUUUUUUUUCUGUUUGGAUCGUUUUGAUGUUGCUAUUGCAAACCCAUGCACUGUUCUGUUCUUUGGUUACGGGGCAUCGAUCAAAGGAUUGUUUACUAGCGCCCGUGAUGCAUGCAGCGGGUUAUUAGCUCUAGUGAAGUCAGUGUCACGUCACAAGUAUGUAAAGGUAUUUCUAAAGUAAUUGUGGCACUGCUUUCAUGCUCUUGCUGAAAACCUGUGAUAUGUACCAUAGGCUUUGACGCAAACAAACGAGGGGUUGCUAUUUCACGCUACUGUUUAGGAAAACAGCUAUUUGUGUUUGACCCGUAUGGAGAAUAAGACUUUGUUGUUUGCAUUCUAAAUGUAAAGCAAAAAGGGGAAAGUCUUCCAGAAUUUAUCUCCCUUCAGUGAGUGUUCAAGAGCCCUUGCCCCAUAGUAUGUAUGACGCACUACUGCGUGGUUCUGGCAGCAUGGAGAUCUCGUUCCUGCGAGGUUCUGGCAGGUCCGAGCACGUUUUCGCCAGUGCGGUCCAGACCGUGCCGUUCCACCGUUUGAGCAAGGAGACCCACAUCAGGCUUGUGAAAUGAAGUGUAAAACUGUUUUUAUUAUUUUGGGUUUUUUUAUUGUUUUGUUUUGUUUUUGAAGAUCAGUUAGUGAUCUUUGUGACAUAAUUAAGCCAAGUUUGUAAUUGUAUAAUAUUUACUGUAAGAUGUAGAACAUUCAAUAACUAUUAAAAUCUUUCCAAAAAAAAAAA